GUAGCAGAAUUUAAUGUCUUACAAGACAGCGAUGGCUUUUUCUCUAGAACUUGAAUAUGGAGGCCACAGGGACAGAUGAAGUAGAAAAGAUAAAAUCAAAGUUUAUGUCUGCAUGGCACAACAUGAAAUACAGUUGGGUGUUGAAAACAAAAACUUACUUUAGUAGAAGUUCUCCGGUCUUUCUGCUAGGAAAAUGUUACCACUUCAAAUCUGAUGAAUCUGGUGAGCUUUCUACAGACGGAUCCAGUUUUGAUCAAAUCAACACAGAGAUUUCGGGAAAUGUUGAGGAGUUUCGUAAAGAUUUUAUUUCUAGAAUAUGGCUGACUUACAGAGAAGAAUUUCCUCAGAUAAAAGGAUCUGCAUUAACAACAGACUGUGGCUGGGGUUGCACGCUGAGAACUGGCCAAAUGCUGUUGGCUCAAGGUCUUAUGCUUCAUUUUCUGGGUAGAGCUUGGAUAUGGCCAGAUGCAUUGGACUUUGAAAAUUCAGACUCUGAAUCAUGGACAACCCAUACUGUGAAAAAGCUGACUGCAUCAUUUGAAGCAUCACUUACAGCAGAAAGAGAACCCAAGAUCUUGUCAAACCAUCAUAAGGGAACGUUAAAGAGAAACUGUGGUGACAGAGAAAUGAGAAAUGAAGUUUAUCACAGAAAAAUAAUUUCUUGGUUUGGUGACUCUCCACUUGCAGCUUUUGGCUUACAUAAGCUAAUAGAAUAUGGGAAGAAAUCUGGGAAGACUGCUGGAGAUUGGUAUGGGCCUGCAGUUGUUGCACAUAUUUUAAGAAAAGCUGUUGAAGAAGCAAGAGACCCUGAGCUACAAGGAGUAACAGUUUAUGUUGCUCAGGAUUGUACAGUCUACAGUUCAGAUGUUGUUGACAGACAGUGUUCUUUUAUGGACUCUGAAAAAGCAGACACAAAAGCUGUAAUUAUAUUAGUUCCUGUGAGACUUGGUGGAGAGAGAACAAACAUGGACUAUUUAGAGUUUGUAAAGGGAAUCCUAAGCCUUGAGUAUUGUGUUGGUAUUAUCGGUGGCAAACCCAAGCAGUCAUAUUACUUUGCUGGAUUUCAAGAUGACAGUUUGAUUUACAUGGAUCCUCAUUACUGCCAAUCUUUUGUAGAUGUCAGCAUAAAGGAUUUCCCUCUUGAGGUAGUAUGGAUAUAGACCUGGCACUGUUUUCUUCCCAUAUGAAUCAAACGCUAAUUAUUUAGAAAUGUUCUGGCUAGCUGCAUCUUUAUGGGUUUAGAGUUACGUGUUAUUUAU